AUGCCCAGGACAAGAGCGGACAACAAUACUACAGAGUGCCUGCCGUUGCAUCCACAGGCGCUCAGAUACUUCCACGACAUAGAGGUCAAAGAUAUCUCGACGAGCGUGACCUCUGUCGAGAAGGAGUUCCAGGAGACGUUGGACCAAAUAAUCGAUUCCAGUAAUAGGAGUGUCGAUAUCGACAAACUGGUAGCGGACCUCGGAGACAGCUACCGCGAAUUCACGAAACAGAAGGAGAAGUCUGAGACUCUAUCGCAAAAACUGACUGAUUUGAAGAGGGAAUACAAGGAGGAGUCCGCCAAGUGCGAAAAGGUGACCUUCGACACUUGGAAAAAGUACCAGAGCGGGGAGUUGACCGCACCAAACCUACUGGAACUCUAUCACGAGAGGUUCGCCAAGGGGGAGGAGGACCCCGUUGCUACAACCACCAAGAAGAAGUCCAACUUCAAUGUAAUGUUGAAGCUCUUACCUCAUUUGUGGAAGGACCCCACGGCAAUAAUACCGGAUGACAUUGACACAGCAGAUACAGACGAUUUACAGAUCAACGGUGGUAACAUCGAGCUGAUCUGUCCGAUCACAGUCAGGGAGUUCGAGCAUCCGAUGAUAUCGAAGCAGUGCGGUCACGUCUUCGACAAAGUCGGACUGACAAGCUAUUUUGGGGGACGCAACGAAUCGAAGAACUGCCCGCAGGGGGCGUGCAGCAAGAUGCUCAUGCUGAAAGAUUUUGAACCGGAUCCCAUAAUGGCCUUCCGUUGCAAGAUAGCCCGAGUGUUGAGGGAAAGGAAAGAUACAGAGCCCGCGGGAGAUGAACUGGACGUUCUGUGA